AUGAGCAGUGUACCAGGCUCCGGCUCUGGUGCUGGUAUAGGGGCUGGCUCUGGAGCUGGCUCUGGAGCUGGUAAUGGCACCGGCACUGGCCUUCCAGCUUCGACUUCCCCUUACCCAUUACCAACCACAGCCAUCCCUACCAUCUAUCGCACGCGCAGGUCCUCUUACGCCUCCGUCCUGUCGCGCCAGCCAGGUCAAGCAGAGCACGAGCAUGACGAGCACUACCCUCCGUCUCCGUUCCGCUCAAGUCUAACCGCAUCGUCUAGCACCAAUAACAACGCCAUCCAAGAUACCUCCUCCUCCUCCAGAUCCCGCAACCAAGUCCCUUUCUCCUCUUCCGCACUCCCCGCGGAUCCCGCAGCCAUGCAGCAGCAGACAAACGGCAGCGGUGCCGGCGCAGGCACAACCACAAACAGCUGGCGGAGACCAAACUCAAACAUCUCCUUCCAACUGGGCCAGGGCAUCGGCAUGGGGCAGCUCCCAUCAUACUCAAAGCAAUUUGAGAAACUUCUCGAACAAGCAGAUAUGAAUUCCCUACCUUUUGGCCUCAACAAUUCGCUAUACCAACAAAACCCAGAAGACUCCUUCUUCACCCCUUCAUACCUCCGUUCGUCGAAAUACGUUGCCCAGCUAUACGCAGCUCACAAGGCAAAGCUCUCCUCCCAACGGGAUGCUCAAUCACAGAAUCAGCAUACGCCUACCCCAGGCUCCUCCGCCCAACAUCUCCCCUCAGCCUCCUCACUCCCUCUAUCUGCCUCGUCGAGUCAGCUUAACCUACACCGCAUGGCGCCUUCGCACAGAGGAAUGACAUAUGAUAUUGUUGAGAGUCAUGGUCCUGGCGGUGACUCGAGUGCACCACUAGAGGGACAGCAACUCACCCCAUUACCCUCGCGCUGGAACGAGAGUGAUAAGUACAGCGGCCUGGAUUUGUUAGGAGAAGGGCUAGAGGUACGGUAUAUUGGCCAUGUGCCUAAACAGGAACACGAGGCUGCAGCCGUAAGAGCCGAUCAGCCCAUGCCUGUCAAAUGUGGCAUAUAUUACUUUGAAGUCACUAUCCUAGCCAAACCGAAAGACGGUAUGAUUGGAGUGGGUUUCUCGAAUAACAAGGCUUCUCUGGAGAGAUUGCCUGGCUGGGAGCAGGAAUCCUGGGCCUACCAUGGUGAUGACGGUAAGACGUUUUUCGGUGACAACCAGGGCCAGGGAAGGCCUUAUGGACCUACGUUUACCGUCAAUGAUACGAUUGGAUGCGGCAUUGUGUUCUCUACUGGAAAUGCUUUUUUCACGAAAAAUGGGUCUUUCCUCGGAAGCUCAUUACUAAUGGUCAUGGCAGGAAAUGCGUUCCGUGAUUUGAAGCCCGCAAAGCUCUACCCUUGUGUAGGCAUGAGAAAACAGCCUGGCGCACAUGUCAAGGCGAACUUUGGCCAGUUUCCAUUCAUCUUCGACAUAGAUAGUAUGAUGGCGAGUGAAAAAUAUGAUGUCCAGCAGAACAUCCAGAGGACGGACCUCUCUACCUUGCAUCCCACAUUAGAUGAAUCGGAAUUCAUGCAGAAACUCGUUGCCCAGUUCCUUGCACAUGAUGGAUAUGUAGAAACUGCCAAGAUAUUCGCACAGGAAGUUCAGGAUGAAAAGCGUGCUUUGCAGACUUCCGGCGAAGUCUCCAUGAAGGAACUCGAGGUUGAGGAUGACGUAGAUGCCAUCAAUAGACAAAAAAUACGAGCAGCGAUACUGGAGGGAGACAUCGACAGGGCCCUGAAGCUGACGAAUGUACACUAUGCCAGCGUCCUCGGUGACAACCCACACAUCCAUUUCAGACUACGAUGCAGAAAGUUCAUUGAGAUGAUGCGUCGCUGUACUGAGCCGCAGCCUGCCGCAAUCAGUUCAUCAAAUGGCCUGUCGGAUCCUACCAGAACCACUUCCGACGGCUUCACACUGGACAUGGAAGUCGAUGACCAAAUGCCUGACGUCGAUACCAGCGAAGCAAUUGCUGCUAGCGACAUGAUGGACACUGACGCCAGCAAUACCAACAAUGCUAACAACGACACCACAACUGUCAAAAAGGACCAAGAUCUUCUGCACGAAGCUAUACUGUAUGGCCAGCAGCUACAAGCUGACUACCCCGGUGACGAGAAGAAGGAGCACAAAAAGACUCUGGAUGACAUCUUCUCACUAGUAGCCUAUGCGGACCCCAAAACCUCUGUUCACGGCCACUUGUUGGAUCCCAGCGGUCGAGUUGCAGUCGCGGAGGAACUAAACUCUGCCAUCUUAGGUAACGCCCCUCCACACUUGUUUCCCACUACAUCUACUAACAGACCGCCAUAG